GAGUUUUGCCGCGAGGCGGAAACGGGAGCGAGACCAGGUUCUCUUGCGCGUGAGGGAGCAGGUGGAGCUGCCGCGCGGGGCAGUGACUUCCGUCCAAGACGCCGCGCGCCGUGCUCCGCGUGAAGAAUGCGCGCGCGGCGCGGCCGGCCGACGCGGGCGCGCCGCCGGGCCUCUACAUGCAGCGCUCCCAGAGCCGCAUCAGCCUGUCCGCCUCCUUCGAGGCGCUGGCCAUCUACUUCCCCUGCGUCAACUCCUUCGACGAGGACGACGGCGUGGACACCGAGGGCAGGAAGCUGAAGGGGGGCAUCCAGAGGAGCACGGAGACCGGUCUGGCCGUGGAGAUGCCGAGUCGAACCGUCCGGCAGGCGAGCCACGAGUCCAUCGAGGAGAGCAUGAACAGCUACGGCUCGGAGGGGAACCUGAACUACAGUGGCAUGUGUCUGGCAUCAGACGCUCAGUUCAGUGACUUCCUGGACGGGAUGGGACCAGCUCAGUUUGUUGGGCGACAGACGCUGGCGACGACGUCGAUGGGUGACGUAGAAAUCGGCCUCCUGGAGAGGAACGGGGUUCUGGAGGUGGAGGUGAUUCAGGCCAGAGGACUCACCAUGAAACCAGGUUCCAAGGGACCUCCAGCGGCCUACAUCAAGGUGUACCUCCUGGAGAACGGGACCUGCGUGGCCAAGAAGAAGACCAAGUCGGUCCGGAAGUCUCUGGAUCCGCUCUACAACCAGGUCCUGGUCUUCUCCCAGAGCCCGCAGGGGAAGGUGGUCCAGGUGAUCGUUUGGGGGAACUAUGGCCGGAUGGACCGGAAGUGCUUCAUGGGCGUGGCUCGGAUCCUCCUGGAGGAGCUGGCGCUUGGCGCCAUGGUGAUCGGCUGGUACAAGCUGUUCCCCACCUCCUCCAUGGUGGACCCGGCGAUGGCGCCGCUCAUCCGCCACUCCUCCCAGAUGUCCCUGGAGAGCACCAUCGGGCCGUGCUGCGAGCGACCCUGACGCCCGGAGGAAACGGAAAACCAAAACCCAACACACAUUUUUUAAAUAUAUAUAUAUAUAAAGCCUGUCGCUCCGCUGGGGUCCGCCAGGAGCUGUUAAGUAACUUGCUCAAGGGCACCGAAUCCCUCCACCGAUCUGGAAGUGACUUCACUACCUGGUGGCAGUCGCUGGAUAUAUAUACUGUUUAUUUUGUUGAUAUCGUACCGGGCUCCCGCCCCCUCCCUCAGAUCUCUUUGAUGAUCAAAGGGAGGACUCGGUUCGCUGACAUCGGGACCGCGACGCUCGACUUCUCCUCGGCUACGAACCUCCGAUCUGGUUCUCAUUCCCGGGACUUCCUCGUUGUCUUUUGGGAGUUGAGGAAGGGGGGGGGGGGGUAUCUGUCUUUCCACUGAGCCCAGAGCCAGAAGACGUUGAGAUUUGCUUUGAGACAUCGGCCGUCCAUUUAGCAGGACCCCGAAUGGAUCAACAGGACCACAGAAGACUGUUAGGAACUAACUACAUACACAGCUGUAUUGCUAUAUAGCUUAUUUGUUGGAAUCAACCAAGUCAUCUUGGCUUUUUUAAACACUGACCUGAGCUGUUUUUGUUUGUUUGUGUCACCCCUUCCAUGUUCGGUCCAUUCGGUUCCGUGUGCAUGAACGACAGCCCCUCGCACCGUCUGGAAGGAUCUAGAGUUCUACCUGUUCUUUGGGAUCCGGAGUACCGCCGGGUUCCUACAGGUUGAAGGUGAUUACACUGACUGGACGGGGCCAGGUGUCGAUUGGAUUUCUGUGCUACUCAAAAGAAGAACCAGCAGGUUCUGGACCCGAAGAGCCGAAGAGCUAGGUGCGAUUUCAACCGACGUUUGCGUGUUUUCACCGAUUUAUCAUGGGAAGCACUUUUAUUAGAUGGAUGUCGUGUUUGGUGGAAGGAAAAAACGUGCAACCCCGUUGUUUUUUUGUUUUUGGAGAAAGGAUCCACGUGAGACUCGUCAGACCCGGCUGGGUUCUUUCAAUACGUAGCAAACUGUGUCCCGAUAGAGAUUCGUGGCUGAUUAUCUGAUCUCUUCUUGGAAAAGGUAAAAACCUUUUAGCCAGAUGGGGUGAAAGUCUUUCGUCGUCUCGGUGAAUAACUCGAUACCACGUUGCAGACACAGAUAUCCGACCUCCCUGGAUAACGUAAUUAAAUCAGGAGAGACUUAUUCCGAAUUAAACAAUAAUCGUUAUUACAACGGUAACAAAAUGGAAUCGUGAAUAGUCCUUUAGGCGAUCGGACUCUAUCCAGAUCCAGGAUACACAAAGGGCGGUGACAAGGAGUUCUGAUCCCCCCUGGAGUCCAGACACUGGUGGUGGUGGUGAAAGGAGUUCCCGCCCCCUGCUGUUGGAUGAGGGUAUGACUGCCUGGAGGUGGUUGGGGUGGAGGAGCGUCGCCUUCCGGUUGGAGCUGAGACGACAACUGACAGCCGCAUAGAACACUCCUUUAAAGUUUGACAGCAACGAUCUGAUUGGCUUAGAGACAUCGUGCCGCAUCCAAUUGGUCGCUUAAAAGUGGACGCCCCCCCCGAUAGAUAUAGACGCUAUGCCUGACCCGCCGUGUAAAGAGUCUUCCUACCUGAACUACCGCUUCACCUCCAUCUGGAUCGUAUGCACGCGAUACAUCGGAGAGGAUCCCCAACGGAGGGCUAAACCGCGGCUAACCUCGUGUUGUUGAACGCCAUCGGGACACAACCGGCACGGAACAGCCCGGUGGGAACGGGGUCUGAAAUGUUGUAGCCCUGAUUCAAGAAAAGACGUUUCCAGAAGCCUUGAGGACAGUCGCCUGGCUGGAAUCUCUGUCUGUCCGGUAUGCUUGUUACCUCGUCGUCUACAAGUCGAUCCGUACGAUUCCUCCUCUCUUAAAGAACCAUUGGUUAACUAUCGUCUCGGAGCGUCUACUGUACCAAGUCCUACCAGCGAGUGUCUUCUGCUCCCUCUUCCUCGAUUACCUCGCGGCAUAUCGAGCUCACAACGGCAGCUUCCGGGCCGUCGCAGCCCCGAUUCUCAGGCCGGCCGAUUAGCCGAGGAAGAGAGGGAGGGAAGGGAAAAAGAGAGAGGGAGGAAGGAAGGAAGCAUGAAAUGUACUUUGCAUCAUCCGAACUAAAGGAUCCGUCUGGACUGACGUCAGGUUCUUACAGAUUAACAAAAAACAACAUACAAAAGGACACACGAAAAUAGGAUGAAUCUAAAGGGAACAUUUAUAGUUUAUUAAAUAACAACGUGUACUUCAUUCGGGCACUUUAUGAUUCUUAAUGUCUUUUUACGUGUGUAUAUAUUACGGUUGUUAGUGUCUUUUGGAGUGAGCCAAAGUUAAUCUAUAAUAACCUAGUCGGUUAACGUUAACUCUCCGAGGGAGGGAAGGGAUAUCCUCGCUUGGUACCGUAAAGAGUGUAGCAUUAGCUGGUAGCAUCCGCAUGAUUGGUUAAAACCUCUAAUUAAUUAGCAUCCUACUUGAUAAGACUAAGCAUGAGCUGUACGCUGCAGAGGAGGAAAUAAAAUAUAGUAUGUUGGGUUGAGACCCGCAUUAUAUGAGGAAUAAAUACAUAUAUGUAGCAGUGCUAUUAACAUUCAAAGUUUACUGUUUCUUUGCACAGACGAUAACAAAUAAAACUGUUUUUUUGUGUUUGUUUUUUAAUUUGAAGUAAGAUUUCAGAACAGAAUUGAUCUUAUACUAAUCAACGAAUAUUUUAAUUCAACCAUACACAUUUUGACUGAUUUUACUCUUGCAAAAGUGGCCUCUGUUGUGCCAGUAGCAGUGCUGCAGGGAUAUCAAUACUGUGUUUAUUUCCAAACAAAUCAGCUGCAUUCUGUGAAGCAAUAAUCAGAAAAGAACAUCCAGGCGUUGCAGCUGAACGGGCUUCAGCCGGUGACUUUCACUGCCCUCAGAUUCAUCAAUUAGUUUGAUAAUUUAAGUUAUCUUUUGGCUUGACUCCAAUACAUGUCGUAAAGUUGUGCUUGUGUUGAUGUUGAGGACAGGAACCCACCACCGGACGGCUCUGACUGAAAGAAACAGCGGUAGACUUUUACUUUGCAUCUAUCAAGCGUUUUAUUCAGAAAUCAGGAUACAAGUAGACAUCAUGCAUGGACCCCCCUCAGCCCGAUACCUAGAGUAUUCAGACCAGAGAGAGGCGCCUUAGCAGAGGACGCAACGGUUUAAAUAGUCAUCAAGACCAGUUCUGAUUGGUCCAGCGAAGAGAGGGCGGUGUCUUCUCAUUGGUUCUUCGUCUCUCUGCCUCCAUCGCUGUCGCUCAUUCAUUGGUCCUUCUCGGCCCGCCAAUGAGAGCAUAUGUUGUGAAAAAGUGUGGGAAGAGAAAGACUUGUUGCUUUCUUUGAAGCUUAUUCCACUGAGCUCGGGAGUUUUCUAAGAUAAUCCUAUCUCUUCCGAGGUGGGAUGCGCUGCGUCUAGAAGGUCGUUUAUCAAAAGGCCUCUUCACGUGUGUGUGUGUGUGUGGGUCAGAGAGGCCUGUGGUUGAAUCCGGAUAUUAAUUGCCAAAGCUGGACCGUUCCUUAUCUUAUCUGCGCUCAGUAAAUGUUUCUGUGGCUCUCCUGUUCAUGUAAGCAUUAGUGUUGCUUUGUUCUAUUCAAAUCUACGGUGAGCGUGGUGCAUAAAGUUUCUUUCGUGUGUCACUGUUAUCUUCUUUGAUCAGUUCAGGCGCCGGAAUGCCCUGCUGAAGCUUCUAACCUUCCACAGUGAUUUUCCACUUUACACAUAACAUUUAUGCAAACCACACUAGGCUAUGCUAAGCUAUAAUAUAUAUUAUUUACACUUGUCCAAGAGAAAUCGCAGGAUAUUUAUGAUUUAAAGGAGACGUAACAUGCCCGUUGUCGGGUUCAAGCUUGUAUUUGUGGUGUUUUCUAUGUAAAAGAAGAAUUAUUUUUCAUACUGUCCUUCUAAAUAUACUUUGAUCAUCCUCUG